AUGAGUAACGAAGCAAUCGCAGGAUUUAUAGUUACAAAAACUAUAUAACAAAAUCCUUUAAGACAUUAUGAUGCUAAUUUCAAUGAUUAUCGUGAUAAAAACAUGUGUAUGUAUAUUUAGAAAAAAUAUGCAGAUCUAAAAAAGCGAACCGGAGUUAAAAUACUACCCAAAAAAACAUUGGCUAAUACCUAAUUGCAAGUGAAAUUAAAGGCUUAAGAAGGUAAUAAGGAAUAUUAAGGAAAUUAUGAAUUAUAACCUGAAGUGGUAGAAAUAAUGUAAAGAGUUCUUGAUAAAGAAUAAUUAGAGAACUUAUUAAAUUUUUAAGUGAUUCCCAAAAGAUCGAAGAAUUGGAAGAAAAAACCUGUAUCUGUUCAACAAAAAUUGGCCAUGAUGAUGAAUGAUAAUAUAGAGUAAGCAUAGCUAGAUGAUCUCUAUUAGAGUUACAAACGAUAAAAUCUGAAGCAAAAUCUUAAAGAAGUAAAGUAAUCUUUAAAAAAUCCCAAGACUACCAGUUAAAGCAUUGGAAAACACAAGGGAUAUUAGAAUAUUGAGCUUGAAGACUAGGAGUAGGUUAACUUUUUUAUGAAAAAACUUUGCGAAGAUCAAAAAAUGAAUGCUUGUACGGUUUUAGACAUCUAAAAUAACGAUUUGACGUUUAAGGAAGAUUAAUGUGAUGAAAGAGAGAGAUGGAGAAACAUUGUUUAGAAACGAAUUACAUAGGAAUAAUUAUAGGAAAUAAUGCGAGAAGAAGAAUUGAAAUAAAAUAAAGAAUUAGUCAAGAUAUUUAAGGAAACAAGGAUUGAUCAAUUUGAUCCUGACUUUUUUAAAAGCAAAGUCAAAAUGACAACCAUGAAAAGAGUUAAUUAAGCAUAGGAUUCAUAAUAUCACAAGUUUUUUGUGUCGACUGAAAAUUUAGGAAAUGGUUUCAAGUAAGAGGAUUUUCGAAGGAAAAAUUAACCGUAUUAAUCUCCAAGGAGUCAAUUUAUGGAAAACUCAAGUAAGGUUUCAAAGACUACAAGACCAUAGACUAGUGUGAGUAGAACACUAAAAACUUAAACAAGUAUAAAGACAGAAAUAGAAUUUAAUAAAUUCUUAAAGUAAUGUGAUGUGAUUGACAAUAAUUUCAAGAAGGAGAAAAACCUUUUGAAGGAAAAGUUUAAUUCUCUAGAUGAUAUAAUGGAUAAAGCAAGUCAAUAUUUAUCAAUGGACAAACCUUAAUUCGAGAGAGAACCUAAUUAAGAGUUUGAGAAGUUUAAAAAGCAAAGAUUAUUUAAGAAAAAAUUUGUUACUUAUUUGAUCGACAAAGUGGAGAAACAAUCUAAUAUGUUGAGCGAAAAAAUAAAAUAAACUUAAUCUAAAUAAUUUAUAGAGAGAAUUUUGUCAGAAGAAUAAUGA